GUUUCUUCUCAAUUUUUGACGGUCAUGCUGGUAAACAAGCCGCCGAAUGGUGCGGAAAUCAUUUUCAUGAGAUAUUUCAAGAUGUCCUUCAAAAACAUGCCAAUAUAUCUGUUCAGGAAAUUUUUAAUUGCGCUUUUCUGCGGGCAGAUGAGCAACUUAACCAAAAUGCUGGAAAGCAUUCUGGAUGCACGGCUGUUACCGCUUUUUUGAGGUCUGAAGAAAUAACAAAUGGAAAUGAUAUUAAUGCUGUUAGGCUAUCCUAUGAUCAUAAAGGAAGUGAUCCUCAAGAAGCUAAAAGAAUUGUUGAAGCUGGUGGCUUUGUCAUGAACAACCGCGUUAAUGGUGUAUUGGCCGUGACACGUUCACUUGGUGAUUAUUCAAUGAAAGAUUUUGUUAUAGGUAAACCUUACACCACAGAAACAACUUUGACAGAAAAGGAUCCAUUUUUGAUACUUGCAUGCGAUG